AUGGAUGGCGAGGGUGACCGUAGUGACAGGCAGCCGCAGGCUUGCAGGCGGGGAGGGGGCGCGGGGGCGCGGGGGCGCGGGGGCGGGGGAGGCUCGGUCGCGAUGGCUGCGGCGGAUGCCGUAAUUACCUUCGCGGAACCGCUCGCCGCGCCCGCCCCCGCCGCCCGCCGCCCGCCGCCCGCCGCCGCAUACAGAUUGAAUCGCCCGCAAAAACACACGCAAUUAGACCACCCCGCUGUGUCCCGCGCCCUCCGCCCUCGCCCCCGCCCCCGCCCCGCCGACACGCCUCCUCCCGCC